UUACAAAGCUGGCAAAAAGCUUUCACCGACACGAGGAGCUCAACCACCCGUAGCAGUGAGCCGAGGCACGUCUCAUGCCGUCAACGCCUAGGAGGAGCGCAUAUAUGUGACGACUAACCCCUCCCGCUGCAACCCCGAGUCCACCCUGCCUGCUUCAGAGUCUCAGCUCCCGACCCAGCCCUUCCCUUCCCACACGCCCUCGACUCAACCCAUGGGCGCCGGCGAUAGGACGGUCGCGGGCAUGCCGCGCAUCGGCAUGGGCACGGCGGUGCAGGGGCCCAAGCCGGACCCCAUCCGCCGCGCCGUCCUCCGGGCCAUCGAGAUUGGGUACCGCCACUUCGACACGGCGGCGCACUACGAGACCGAGGCCCCCAUCGGCGAGGCCGCCGCCGAGGCCGUGCGCUCCGGCGCCGUCGCCUCCCGGGACGACCUCUUCAUCACCUCCAAGCUCUGGUGCAGCGACGCGCACGGCGACAGGGUCGUCCCCGCCCUCAGGCACACGCUCCGGAAUCUCCAGAUGGAGUACGUGGACCUGUACCUCGUCCACUGGCCGGUAUCCAUGAAGCCCGGGCGGUUCAAGGCCCCCUUCACGGCGGAGGACUUCGUGCCGUUCGACAUGCGGGCCGUGUGGGAGGCCAUGGAGGAGUGCCAUAGGCUGGGCCUCGCCAAGGCCAUCGGCGUCGCCAAUUUCUCCUGCAAGAAGCUCGACACCCUCCUCUCCUUCGCCACCAUCCCUCCCGCCGUCAAUCAGGUGGAGGUGAACCCUGUGUGGCAGCAGAGGAAGCUGAGGGAGUUCUGCAGGGGCAAGGGCAUCCAGCUGUGCGCCUACUCGCCGCUUGGGGCCAAGGGCACGCACUGGGGCAGCGACGCCGUGAUGGACGCCGGCGUCCUGCAGGACAUCGCCGCGUCCAGGGGCAAGAGCGUGGCGCAGGUGUGCCUGAGGUGGGUGUACGAGCAGGGGGACUGCCUCAUCGUCAAGAGCUUCGACGAGGCCCGGAUGCGGGAGAACCUGGACGUGGACGGCUGGGAGCUCACGGAGGAGGAGCGCCGCAGGAUCGCCGAGAUCCCGCAGCGCAAGAUCAACCUCGGCAAGCGCUACGUGUCCGACCACGGGCCUUACAAGUCCCUCGAGGAGCUCUGGGACGGCGAGAUAUGAGUAGCCUGUGGAGACCGACUGGCCUGCCGGCGUACCAGCGUUUGUCAUCCUCGGCCAUGGAUGGCUGGUUGAUUGGGGGACAGCUUUGCACUGAUUUCCCUUGGAAUAAAUCAAUAAAACGAUGUGUUGCGUUUCAGUGAAUGAAUGAAGAUGUUUGCUACUAGUACCGAAUGUGCCAAGGGAGUAAAGAGAUUGGGAUCGUUAUGCGUA